AUGGCUACCCAAGAAUUGGUUAAUGAGAUAAAACAAAAUGUCAUCGAGAAAUUUUCGGAGCUCAAAUCUGCAUUAAUGAUGCGGGAAAAGCUGUUGCUGCGGCAACUGGAUGUUAUCAAUACCACAAGUAAACAGCAAUUGCAACAGCAGGACGAUAGCGAUGAGAAAAACAAUCCUGGCAUUGAGUUCCUGGCUGAUAACGAAAAAGAGCUGCUGGCAGCAAUACGCAACUUUGGACGCUUUCAACUUACCAAUAUUAAUUUGGCUUUACAGAAUCAAAACGAAGAUUACAUCAAGCCAUCUGACGACCAUGAGACUAUGUUCAAGGGUUUAAAUCAAAGUGUGGUGGAGGGCAAUCACGAGGAUGAGGAAAGUAUUGUUGUUGACUUCUCGCAUCACAAGACGUUGAUGGAACGCAAUGCUAAAAUGGUUAACGAUAGCAUUAUUAAUAUAACACUGAAAGAAGCCAAAGAGCUGAUAAAGCAAGCAAAGGCAAAAAGAGAAUUGCCUGUGCCACCACUCAAUCUUGAAGAAUUGGACGACGAGGUGGAAUCAUCAAUUGCUGACGUGGUGUCCAGUUUGGAGGCCAAUUCAGAGCAAUAUUCAGGAAGCAACAACAAUAAUAAAUAUUCACAAACCCAGCAACAACAAGGUACAAAACAGAAACGCUUCAAACCAAAAAUCACAAUCAACAAUUGUAAUGGUACUAUAAACUUAAGAAAUAUAGCCUCACUGACAAUUAACUGUUCAACGGAGGAAAAUAUUCAGGCGCAGAUACCUGUUAAGUAUGCACAGCCAGGCGGAGAAGAGGGCGAGGACGAUGAUGUAGAAGAGCCACAUUCAUCUGCAACUAAGGCAAAGGACAAUCACUCUUCAAAAACUUUAGUUGAAUCUUCAGUGGUGUCGUCGAGCUCAAAUACAGAAGAAUGUACUUCACCCACAUCAACCAGCCAUUCAACCACACCAAAUAGUUUAUCCAACUAUUCGAGUAAUAACAGCUCACGUUCACACUCCAAGAAGCAGAAAUUAAAGAAAUCUCACAAAACCCAAACAAAUUCAAUGGAGAACAAACCACCAGUGGCAAGUGGAUCAACAGAUUAUGCAGCUGCCGAUUCUUCAUCGCCAAAUGAAGUUACUUGUGAUUUCUAUAAUCGUCUGCUGAAUGAAAUUAAACGAUCCAUACAUCAGCAGCAGAAAACAAGAACAAAAUGUUCCUCUACAACACAAUCGCAUCGUCAACUGAAUGCUGCAGAUUCCACUACCUCACAGACAACAUGCAGCGAUUAUGGUGAUACACAAAAUGGCAAUAGUCGUCGUUUUGUAUUGAAAAAUUUUGAAAAUCUUAAAAUUAUACUUGAGGCCAAUAGUAGCUGUGAUGAGGAAUCAUUUCAUCCGGUGCAAAUUGAACAAUGGCUGGCAGAAAUUAUUUCCGAGACUGAUUUAGAACCAAUGCAAAAUACCGAUAUAUUGGAACAUUCUAAAAUACACAACGAAUCUCAAGACACAUAA